AACAAACGUCAGCACAAAGUGGUCAGUGUCACUGAGCAUGCUCAGAUCCACCCAAACUCUGACGAUCCUGCAUGUGUGUGACCUUAAGUGUUUAAGGGAAGUGUUUGUGGUCAAAGUUUAGUCCUCCGGGAGCCUCAGUCUGGUGCACAAUGAGUUCAGCAGGAGGAGGCUCGUCCCUGCAGGUCCACGCGAUCCGGUUCGGCCCGGGUCAGGAGCUGCUGGGAUCUUUGCAGACGUUCGUGGAGGAGAGGCGACUCCGAGCGCCGUUCAUCAUAACCUGCGUCGGCAGCGUCACAAAGGCAACGCUCCGGCUGGCCAACGCCACAUCAACAAACACAAAUGAGGUGGUCCACCUCAGCGGGCGGUUCGAGAUCGUCUCCCUGGUCGGCACGCUAAACCCCGACGCCCACCUCCACAUCUGCCUGUCAGACAAGGAGGGCAAGACGGUCGGUGGUCACGUGCUGGGAGAUCUGGAGGUGUUCACCACAGCCGAGGUGGUCGUCGGCGAGGCGGUCGACCUGCAGUUUACCAGAGAGAUGGACGUGGGGACGGGCUUCCCUGAGCUUGUGGUUAAACCGCGCUCACAGACGGGCGAAUCGGCCUGAGUGGACUGACUUUAACUCCCUCGUGCUGCUAUGUUAAUGUACAAAAGUGUGUCCAAGGCACUGAUCACUCUGUUUGAUCGCAAGAUGGGAAGGGAAAUGGGGAAAAUUGCAAUUAUCAAAU